GCAACUUCUCUAGCUAGCGUUAGUUAGCCCUCAAAGGAUUCGUGUCUGUACUGCAGCCUACUGAUGUCGACCUGAUUUAAGAUAAAUAUCACAGAUAAAAAGAGCACUCCAGAGUGGCCAGCCAUCAUGGUCCAUCUGAAUGUGGAUCUGAUUGCCAAAUCUAGCAAUCACUUCAAAAGCAAAAGAGACUAUUUCACACAAUAUCUCAAGAAAUUGACACAUCUCAACUUUUCAAACAGGAACAUAGAUGACAUUGAUGACUUGUCCAUGUGCAGAAAUCUUACAGUUCUCUACCUGUAUGACAAUCAAAUAACACACAUCAGAAAUCUGAGUUUUGCCUCCAAUCUUACACACUUAUACAUACAGAAUAACAACAUCACUCACAUACAGAACUUGUCAUCUCUGCAGAAGCUGUCCAAAUUGUUUCUGGGGGGCAACAGCAUCACAGUGGUUGAGGGUUUGGAGCAACUGAAGGAGCUGAAGGAGCUUCACAUAGAGUGCCAGAGACUCCCGGCUGGAGAGAAACUGCUCUUUGAUCCCCGCACUGUCCUCGGCCUCUCUGAGUCCUUAUGCGUUCUGAAUAUUAAAAAAAAUAACAUUGAUGAAAUCCAGGACCUGGCAGUUCUUAGCAAACUCACACAUUUAUUUGCUGCAGACAACCAUCUACAGAACAUGCAGGAGCUGGAGAUGGUGUUCAGCCAGUGGCCCCAACUCCAUCGAAUGGAUUUGCGAGGAAAUCCUGUGUGUCACAAACCCAAAUACAGAGACCAAAUAAUAACUGUUUGCAAAAAGCUAGAAGACCUUGAUGGGAAAGAAAUAAAUGAACUAUCUAGGCAGUUUUUGAUCAACUGGAAAGCCUCAAAAGAAGCCAAGAAGAAAGAAAAAGAUGAAAAAAUCAUGACAGGACAAAUGACAUAUCCCUUUUCUGCUGACUUUAACUUGGGCCCCCAGCAUCCCUUUGCCUAUAACUAUGCUGACUUUCUGGGGAAAAGGAAGCCACUUGAGUAUGUGAGACCCAGCAUGAAAAUUAGGUCAGACCCAGUGCAAACUGACCGCAAAGGGGUAAGAAUACAGAAGACUGCAGUAAUUGCAGGACUGGCUUCAGAAGAGAAUCCUAAAAUUCAGUCACGCAGCUUGCUGGGAGUGACUUUGUAGAUCCCACCUCCCAGGGUCCACAGAUACUUAUUCACACAUACAGUUUAUCAUGAGUGCAUCUGGAAUGGAUCUGAGUGCUUUCAAUAACAUGAAGCCAUAGUGGUCUAUCAUUACAUCACUUCUAUAUAUGUAGAUGUUUCCUAGCUCUUACAUGGCAUUCAAGCUGAUUAAUAUUUCAUUCCAGACACUACAGAAAAACACAUUUUAGAGACAUGUUAAUUAAAUGAUGCCUGUCAAAACUUUGUACAUUUUAUUAACUUCCAGUUAUCCUUGUCAGACUUAAAUGCAUUAA